UGUUUAAUCACUUCCUUUCUUUUUUUGUACUUCCAUGUUUAGAUUCUGUCUCUUUCUCUCUACAACUCUCACAACUCACAAGACAAGAGAGAAGAGAAUCAAUGGCUAGUUGCUUCAGCUACGUUUCUUACCGUAACAAAUGUUACCAGUACAGCUUCUCUCGCGCCGGUCUCCGAUCAUCAACCUCCGAUCUCGGCGACGGCACCGUUGUCCACUGCUGGGUCCCGCAGACUCACGUCGACGCCAAGCCCACGCUCCUCCUCCUCCACGGGAUCGGAGCCAACGCCAUGUGGCAGUGGGACCGGUUCAUCGAUCGGUUUAUCCCCCGGUUUAACGUCUACGUGCCGGACCUCAUCUUCUUCGGCGACUCGCACACGACUCGCCCCGACCGGUCUGAGUCGUUCCAGGCGAGCUGCGUCAUGAGGGUGAUGGACGCUCACGGCGUUGGGACCAUGACGGUUGCUGGCCUCAGCUACGGAGGGUUCGUGGCCUACUCAAUGGCGGCGCAGUUUAAGGAGAGGAUAGAUCGGGUGGUGCUAAUAUGCGCCGGGGUUGCUCUGGAGGAGAAAGACGUGGAGGAUGGGAUGUUUAAAGUGAAGAGCGCGGAGGAGGCGGCAAACGUGUUGUUCCCUCAGUCUCCGUCGAUGCUCCGGCGACUUCUCCAGUUAUCUUUCUACAAACCUCCGGUUUGGAUCCCUUCUUGCUUUGCCAUGGACUACAUUCAUGUGAUGUGUAGAGAUUAUCUUCUAGAAAGAAAAGAACUUGUGGAAGCUCUACAUAAAGGUAGAAGAUUCGCUGAUCUUCCCAAGAUAGCACAGCCUAUAUUGAUGAUAUGGGGAGAGGAAGAUCAAGUAUUCCCAGUGGAAUUAGCACACAGAUUGAAGAGACAUUUGGGGGAAAACAAAGCACAACUAGUGUUACUAAAGAAAACAGGACAUGCGAUUAAUGAAGAGAGACCAAAGGAGAUGUACAAACACUUGAAGUCUUUUCUUUGCACAGACGCAAUGAUUCGUCCUAAUGACAAUGCUAAGAGACUCAUGUUAACAAGCUUGAUAUCUCCUGUCAAGAUCAACAAGUGACGUUAUUGAAGGCCACUCAUCUUCUCCCUUAAUCAUGUCACCGAAGUGUUUUAUUAUCUCUGUUACUGUUAAGACAUUGCUUCUUGUCGGAACUAAGAAUACUUUUAUAUCAAGAAAGUAAAAAGAUCGUCCUAUAGUCUUUUUACAAGGCUUCAGGGUUUCUAAGCUUAGAAGAAGCCACC